AUGCCUUGGGUCCGAUGGAUCGAUGUGCCUCCUGGGACCAUCGCACUGAGUGCGAGUGAUAUAGCAACUUGGACGCACCCACGGAGUGGUCACGCUCACCUGCUCGACUAUGUCAUCGUACGUCAGCGUGAUAUGCGUGAAGUGCGCAUGACACGUGUACUGCGUGGAGCUGAGUGUGGCACUGAUCACAAAUUGGUUCGGACCAAACUGUACAUAUAUUUUCGUAAAUCGAUGUAUUGCACUCCCGCCGUGAAUCGGCGUAAAUUUAACAUUCUCUCCCUCGGCACUGUGGCGAAACGUACUGAGCUGGAGAAGGCGAUGGCUGCACGGCUGUGUGGUGAUGUGGACUGUAUAGCCACAGUGGGCGACCUGUGGCACCACAUUCGCGACCAGGUGACAGCUGCUGCGGAGGAGACCAUCGGGCGCGCAAACUGUAAGCGGCCUGAUUGGUUUGAUGACAACAAUGUGACGAUUGACGCAUUGGUGUCAGAGAAGAAUGCAGCAUUUGCUGCACAUGUUGCAGACCCCAGUGACUUGGGGAAGAGUAGUCAGUUUCGCAAACUUCGACGGCGACUGACCCGAGAGCUCCGUCGCAUUAAAAAUGCAUGGUGGACGGAGAAGGCGAAGCAGAUGGAAUGCUACGCCGAACGCCGUCAACACAAGGAAUUCUUCGACUCCUUGAAGGCGGUGUAUGGACCGAGAUUGGAGCCGCUGAGGACACUGAUGGAUGGUUGUUCAGGCGCUACCUGCACCCAGACUGCAGACAUAAUGCAGGUCUGGCGGAAACACUUUGACUGUCUCUUGAACAACCGUUCAGAGAUCGACUGGCCUACAUUGAACGGCCUGAAGCAGCACGAUGUGAAGGCGGAUCUGGCGGAUACGCCGAGACUGGAUGAGACGCAAAGAGCACUUGCUCAGCUGCGAAACGGCAAAUGUGCCGGAGGUGACGGGAUCCCACCUGAAGUAUUGAAACACGGUGGACCCGCGUUGUUGACUGCGCUGCACCACUUGGUGCAACGCGUGUGGAUUGAGGAGGAGGUGCCUUCUGAGCUGAAGGAUGCCCUUGUGCUACCACUGUACAAGGGCAAAGGGAGCAAGCAAUGUUGCACGUAUUAUCGUGGCAUCAACUUGCUGAGUUGUGUGGGCAAGGUGAUUGCCCGAAUCCUGCUCAAUCGCCUCGUGAGUCAGAUUGUGGAACCAAACGUGGCGGAAGAGCAAUGUGGAUUCCGUUCGGGUCGCAGCACUAUAGAUAUGGUGUUUGCGGCUCGUCAGUUGCAAGAGAAGUGCAGAGAACGACACCAGCCUUUGUACUCGCUUUUUGUUGAUUUCACCAAGGCAUUUGAUACGGUGAACCGCGAGGCACUGUGGCUGGUGUUGGGUAAGUUUGGUUGCCCGCGUAAGUUUGUAAGUUUAAUUGAAUGUCUGCACAGUGGUAUGCGAGCGAGGGUGCAGCUGAGUGGAGAGACCUCUGAUGACUUUACAGUUGUCUCUGGUGUGAAGCAAGGCUGUGCGUUAGCUCCUGCCCUGUUUAAUAUCUAUCUUCAUGCAAUGUUGUCUUGUGCUUUUGAUGCGGCUUGUGCUUGCGGUGUUCGUGUGGAGUACCGUACUGAUGGUGGGUUGCUGAACAUCCGUCGUUUCGGUGCAAGAACUCUAGUCUGUGAGACAACUAUCCGUAUGUUGCUGUUUGCUGACGACUGUGCGCUGUUUUCACACAGCGCGGAUGAGUUGCAGCACAUGACUAGUGCUCUGGCUUCGACAGCGGCCAAAUUCGGGCUCACCAUCAACACAAGCAAAACUGUCUGUCUCUUUCAGCCCUCACCGGAGGUGCAAUCUUCAAUAUUGCCGCAAAUCAGCAUUGGUGCUGAAGUAUUGGAAACCAUCUCUCGCUUCUGCUACCUUGGGAGUGUGAUGUCGACUGAUCAGCAGCUACACGUUGAGUUGCGUAAUCGCGUGUCGAAGACGGCAGCGGCAUUCGGGAAGCUUGAGUACCGAGUGUGGAACAACCAUCAGCUUAGCAUUGGCACGAAGCUGAUGUGA